AUGAAAUUUUUACUCAUUUCACUUAUAAUUCUGAAAUGUAUAUCAUAUCAUGAUGUUACACUCUUUGAAGUGAAUUUAAAUGAUUUGAUAAUCAAUUUACAUUAAAAUGAAGCAAAAAGUUUAGAUUUAGAUUAAGCAAGAAGUGCUAUUUUAGAAUCUAAAAAUAAUAAUAGUAUUGGUUGUGAAAUAAUUCCUUUACAUCUUAAAUUAGAGACUUAAGAACUUCGUAUAAUUCAGGAUAUAAAUUUUCUUGAAACUGAUUUAAAUAAUGAACUUAAUUAUAGGUAGUUUAUUUCAAUGACUCAUAUAAAUGAUGGUAUGAUAGCAAUAACUUCAGAUUUAAUAGUGUAUUUAUUGAAAUUCAAUUAUAAUUUUUUAUCUUAACAUGAUUUUCAUGAAAUAGGAUAAUAAUUUGCUAAGAUUGUAUGGAAAUUCAAUCUAACUAAAUUAACUAAUGCUAUUCAUUUUGAAUAAGAUUUUCCUAAAUUAUUAUAUGCUCCAUCAUCAAAUGUGGCAUUUUUAUUAUAAAAUGAUAGGGCACAAUUAUUUAGUUUGGCUCAAAUAGAAUCUUAGGGUAGCUCUUUAAGUGUGUAUGAAGUACCAAGUUGGAAAAAAAGAAUUUAUAGAGGAUAUACAAAAGAAAUUGAUGGACUUAUCUUUAGUGCAGUUGGUAUAGAUGGACUUGAUGUAUAUAUAAUAGUAGAGAAAGGAUUACAAUUUAUAUAAAAUAUCAAGAUUUUUCAUGAAUACUAAUAAAUUAAUAUAAUAGAUUUUUCAAUAAUAACAAAGAGUAAUAAUGAUGGAAUUUAUUUUGUUUUUAUUUUAGAUAAGGAGAAUGGAUUAUUUUUAUGUGAAAUUUAAUAGAAAGAGGGAAUAAUAUAAUAUGAAUUUAAAUAAUGGAUAGAACAUUAAAAUGGAGGAAUAUCAGUAGAUACAAAGAAUGGUAAGAAUGUAUUUUAUGGUUAUUAAUAAUAAUCUAAAUAUUAUUUAAUAGAAUAUUAUAUUAAUUUGUAAAAUGGAUAUAAUUUUAUAAUAAGAAAAAAGUAAAUUGAUUCAAGAAUUAUUGAUAUAGAUGCAACAGAUGAAUUUGUCAUAGUUUAAGGAAUAAAUUAGCAUACUAUAAUAUUUUGUAAUGAUUAUGAUUACUUAUCUACUAAUGAUAGAGAUUAGAUUUUCAAACAUGUAGGCCUUAGAGAUUUUGAAUUUUUCAAUCAAAUUUAUAAAUUAGAAGGAUUAAAUGAUAUAACAAAAGAAUAUGAAAAUGAUGAUUUCUUUUUUGGUAUUACAUCUUAAACAGCCUUUUUGACCCGUUUCCGAGUGUAGCCAAUAUCAAUUCGUUGUUUGUACCAUCCAUAAAACUGUAUUCAGUUAAUGAUAUGAUACUUAGCUAUUGUUGGAGAUUCAUUUUACUAUAAACUGUAAUAUAAUAUGACACAUAAAAAUUUAACAGGAUUCUUGGUUAGAUACACAUAAAAUGUUACUAUAAAUAUAAUAGAGACAUAUAUUUAUGAAAAUGAUAUAGAGAUAAUAAAUGUAUGUUUAUUUGCAUUUAGUUUUUUGUUAUUAAUUAUAUUAGUGAAGACUUUUAGUUGGUUAGAUCAAAAGAAUAAGAUAAUAAAUAAAAUAAGUAAAUUAAUUGAAAAUAUGAAAUUGGAUAAAGGAUAUAAAUAAGAUAAUGGACCAUAAACAGGUAAAAUAGAUGAAACUUCUGUUUUCUAGAUUUAAAAUCAAUCAAUUAUACAAUAAUGA